AUGGUAAUUUCGCAGCCGCUGGGCAGCAUCAAACUGACGAAUGUGUCGCAGGUGCGCAUGCGCAAGGGCAAGCGGCGAUACGAGGUUGUCUGUUACCGGAAUAAAGUACAGGACUGGCGCCGCGGGGUCGAAAAGGACAUUGACGAGGUGCUGCAAAUCCCGCAGGUGUUUGUGAACGCAGCCAAGGGCGAAGUGGCGAACGGGUCGGAUCUGAAGGAAGAUUUUGGCACGUCGGACGUGAACGAGGUGGUGCUUGAAAUUUUGAACAAAGGCGAGCUUCAGGUCGGCAGCAAAGAGCGUCAGCUUCAGCAGGAGCAGGUCCAGGCGACUGUCUUGGAGGAGGUGGCGAGAAAAUGCGUGAAUCCGCGCAACAAUUACCCUUACACCGUUUCAAUUAUCCAGAAGCUGCUGCAGGAGCUCGAUUUCAAGUUCUCAUCCACCAAGCCUGCCAAGGGACAGGCUCUCGAAGCCAUCAAACUGCUGGUCGAACGCCAGGUGAUUCCUAUUGCCAGAGCACGAAUGCAGAUCCGAGUGAGCGAUGACGCUCAGCACGCUAAAGAGUACUGGGAGGAAGUCACCGAGCUUGUGGAUGUUGAAUCAGAGAACUGGGACACCGAGUGGGAGCUAGUGGGCAAGAUCGAUCCCUCUGACUUCCGCACAAUUGACAGGCUUGUUUCGGAAAAAUCACACGGCCUGGGAUUCGUGGACGUUGUAUCUCUUGACUACUAA